AUGGUGGGCAUGCAGGGCUGGAGCGACCUGGGGGGGUGUGGAAGAAGGGGAGGGGGGGGGGGGGGGGGGGGCUUGCUCUCCAUGUUACCUGACUGAGAGGCCCCGUUGCGGGCAUGCAGGGCUGGGGCAACCUGGGGGGUGUGGAUAGAUGGAGGCCCACUCAGUACCUUUAGUCAUGGGUCAGCCUCUCAGUACCUUUAAAUCUCUCUCUCUCUCUCUCUCUCUCUCUCUCUCUCUCUCUCUCUCUCUCUCUCGCCAUCUCUCUCUAUCCUCUCUCUCUCUCUCUCUCUCUCUCUCUCCUCUCUCUCCCUCCCUCCCUCCCUUCAUCGUUCUCUAUAAGAGACAAGUUGCAUUUCAUAUUUCGUACCCCAAUACAAUAUCUGUGUGAUGUUGUGGUGUGGAGCAACAACAAAGUGUUUUGGGGAACAACAAAGGUUUAUAUUUCCAUGUCCGCGUCCCAAGUUGCACCCUAUUCCCUAUAUACAGUAGCGCACGACUUUGGAUCCGAGCCUUAUUGGCCCUGGUCAUUAGUAAUACACUAUAUAGGGAACAGGGAGCCAUUUGGGACUUAGCCCCCAUGUUGAACCUUGACACAUUUUAAAGGCUUUGAUUGGGUAAGGAAUUCCUCUUUGAUGUGUGAUGGGAGGGGGGAUUUUUAUUUUUUUUUCCUCUCCAACGCUGAGGGAUUUGGAUAAUUUAGACGUUAGGGACUUGUUUAUGCCCCAUGCAUUAAGCAUCUUAAAGCAAACACAGUUAGCUUUCUGCUUUCUGUCUUUUAUGACCAUUGUUUUAGCUCCAUUACGACUCCAUGCUCGUAUGUGCUGCUAGUAAUGCUGCAUUAGGAUGUGUGUGAAGAGAUGGAGCCUAUAUCAUGCGUUUUAACGAUCUCUCCACGGACUUGAGGAAAUAUGUUUUGGAGCUGUAUUUCUUCAAAAGCUAUAGGAUCCUAUAGAAUAAUGUUAUAUUGUAGUUCUAUGCAAAAAACUACCGAAUAUAUUGUAGUUCGUUGUCAGUUGUUCUGUUUAUAGACCAGGCAGAUCUGGACAGGCUCAUUAGACCAGUACCCCUCCCCCUUUCUUGAUCACUGUCUAACAUAUUGUGGUCCUCUGUAGCUCAGCUGGUAGAGCACGGCGCUUGUAACGCCAAGGUAGUGGGUUCGAUCCCUGGGACCACCCAUACACAAAAAAAAAUUAUGCACGCAUGACUGUAAGUCGCUUUGGAUAAAAGCGUCUGCUAAAUGGCAUAUUAUUAUUAUAUUUAUUGCACAACAUCAAUGCUUUUAGAUAAUUGAGGAAGAGUGAACAGGUCAAUGAGUGCAUAGUGCACAUGAGUGGGAAUUGGGAUAGAGGCUGAGUCUGGACUCCAGAGAGAGAGACAGAGAAACAGGAAGUGUGUCUGAGAAAUCUAAAGAGGUUAUCCUGGUUCAUUCUACCGUCUUGUUUCUCUAAAGAGGUUAUCCUGGUUCGUUAUACGGUAUUAUUUAUUUGUGUCCGACCAAUAAGGUACGAUGAUCUCCAUCCUCCACAGAAGGACAUUAGCCAUUCAGACCUCACCGUCUUAGAUCAGGUCUGGGGAGGAAAUGUGUCCUAACGAUACAGUAUGUAUAAAUGUUAUAUACUAGCCAGGCAAAGUACUUCAGAUAGGAAAUGGGGCCCAUGGUUCUCAAUCUGUGUUCUUUCAAUAGCCGAAAGGCUCUCAAUAUAACCCUCACCCUCUCACUAAGAGAGAACAGUAGAUAUAACCAUCACCCUCUCACUAAGAGAGAACAGUAGAUAUAACCCUCACCCUCUCACUAAGAGAGAACAGUAGAUAUAACCAUCACCCUCUCACUAAGAGAGAACAGUAGAUAUAACCAUCACCCUCUCACUAAGAGAGAACAGUAGAUAUAACCAUCACCCUCUCACUAAGAGAGAACAGUAGAUAUAACCCUCACCCUCUCACUAAGAGAGAACAGUAGAUAUAACCAUCACCCUCUCACUAAGAGAGAACAGUAGAUAUAACCAUCACCCUCUCACUAAGAGAGAACAGUAGAUAUAACCAUCACCCUCUCACUAAGAGAGAACAGUAGAUAUAACCAUCACCCUCUCACUAAGAGAGAACAGUAGAUAUAACCAUCACCCUCUCACUAAGAGAGAACAGUAGAUAUAACCAUCACCCUCUCACUAAGAGAGAACAGUAGAUAUAACCAUCACCCUCUCACUAAGAGAGAACAGUAGAUAUAACCAUCACCCUCUCACUAAGAGAGAACAGUAGAUAUAACCAUCACCCUCUCACUAAGAGAGAACAGUAGAUAUAACCCUCACCCUCUCACUAAGAGAGAACAUUAGAUAUAACCAUCACCCUCUCACUAAGAGAGAACAGUAGAUAUAACCCUCACCCUCUCACUAAGAGAGAACAGUAGAUAUAACCCUCACCCUCUCACUAAGAGAGAACAGUAGAUAUAACCAUCACCCUCUCACUAAGAGAGAACAGUAGAUAUAACCAUCACCCUCUUACUAAGAGAGAACAGUAGAUAUAACCAUCACCCUCUUACUAAGAGAGAACAUUAAAUAUAACCAUCACCCUCUUACUAAGAGAGAACAGUAGAUAUAACCAUCACCCUCUCACUAAGAGAGAACAGUAGAUAUAACCAUCACCCUCUUACUAAGAGAGAACAUUAGUGCAAGUUUGAAAGCCAUAGUAUUACAUAAACCACUGGCUUAGAUGGACUGAAUGCAACCAACUCUACAAACUAAGAAAUUAAGGCUUAUUAGUUUGUAUUAAUAACGUCAUCAUUUGUUCCAUGUUGAACUUCACAACUUUACUAUUUAGCCAGACAAACCCCAGCUGAAACAGGACAGUAAUAUGCCAUCGAAGGAAUAACCCUUUUGAUUCAGUCCCCUUUUAUUUAGUAGGUCUUUCGUUCAGAUUGAGACGUUACAUUUUUUUCCCAGCUAUAUUCACAAAGAUCCCAUUAGUCAAAAUGUUCCGGAUGAACAACCAAAACAAUGGAGAACAAUCCCAAGAUGGCUUUCUGCCUCUCUUUCACCGCAGAAAAAAAUAAUGCUUGUCUGAUCCGAUGAAGACGGAGUCAGGCGAGAUACGCCACUGGGUGAAAACAACUGUGAAGAAACUCAACUCACAAUGGGAGCGUCCAAAAUGGCACCCCUUUCCCAAAUAGGGCCCAUAGGGGCACUCGUAGUGCACUUGAUAGGGAAUAGGGUGCCAUUUGGGAUGCACACGAUCACAUUAAAUGGUCCGUUUGUCCUUAACACGCUUAUGGCAGGAUAGAAAAGAGACGAUGGGAAAUGACAACCGCUAGCUCAGUUAGCGGUUAGUGUGAUGCGUUGAAGAUGAGCCAGAGAGAAAAGGGUGCUUGGCGGAUAGGAGUUCUCUCUCUGUCAGUAGGAGGAGCAUUGGUGGAUAGGAGUUAUCUCUCUGUCAGUAGGAGGAGCAUUGGUGGAUAGGAGUUCUCUCUCUGUCAGUAGGAGGAGCAUUGGUGGAUAGGAGUUAUCUCUCUGUCAGUAGGAGGAGCAUUGGUGGAUAGGAGUUCUCUCUCUGUCAGUAGGAGGAGCAUUGGUGGGUAGGAGUUCUCUCUCUGUCAGUAGGAGGAGCAUUGGUGGAUAGGAGUUCUCUCUCUGUCAGUAGGAGGAGCAUUGGUGGGUAGGAGUUCUCUCUCUGUCAGUAGGAGGAGCAUUGGUGGGUAGGAGUUCUCUCUCUGUCAGUAGGAGGAGCAUUGGUGGGUAGGAGUUCUCUCUCUGUCAGUAGGAGGAGCAUUGGUGGGUAGGAGUUCUCUCUCUGUCAGUAGGAGGAGCAUUGGUGGAUAGGAGUUCUCUCUCUGUCAGUAGGAGGAGCAUUGGUGGGUAGGAGUUCUCUCUCUGUCAGUAGGAGGAGCAUUGGUGGGUAGGAGUUCUCUCUCUGUCAGUAGGAGGAGCAUUGGUGGGUAGGAGUUCUCUCUCUGUCAGUAGGAGGAGCAUUGGUGGAUAGGAGUUCUCUCUCUGUCAGUAGGAGGAGCAUUGGUGGAUAGGAGUUCUCUCUCUGUCAGUAGGAGGAGCAUUGGUGGAUAGGAGUUCUCUCUCUGUCAGUAGGAGGAGCAUUGGUGGAUAGGAGUUCUCUCUCUGUCAGUAGGAGGAGCAUUGGCGGAUAGGAGUUCUCUCUCUGUCAGUAGGAGGAGCAUUGGUGGAUAGGAGUUCUCUCUCUGUCAGUAGGAGGAGCAUUGGCGGAUAGGAGUUCUCUCUCUGUCAGUAGGAGGAGCAUUGGUGGAUAGGAGUUCUCUCUCUGUCAGUAGGAGGAGCAUUGGUGGGUAGAAGUUCUCUCUCUGUCAGUAGGAGGAGCAUUGGUGGGUAGGAGUUCUCUCUCUGUCAGUAGGAGGAGCAUUGGUGGAUAGGAGUUCUCUCUCUGUCAGUAGGAGGAGCAUUGGUGGAUAGGAGUUCUCUCUCUGUCAGUAGGAGGAGCAUUGGUGGAUAGGAGUUCUCUCUCUGUCAGUAGGAGGAGCAUUGGUGGAUAGGAGUUCUCUCUCUGUCAGUAGGAGGAGCAUUGGUGGAUAGGAGUUCUCUCUCUGUCAGUAGGAGGAGCAUUGGUGGGUAGGAGUUCUCUCUCUGUCAGUAGGAGGAGCAUUGGCGGAUAGGAGUUCUCUCUCUGUCAGUAGGAGGAGCAUUGGUGGAUAGGAGUUCUGUCUCUGUCAGUAGGAGGAGCAUUGGUGGAUAGGAGUUCUCUCUCUGUCAGUAGGAGGAGCAUUGGUGGAUAGGAGUUCUCUCUCUGUCAGUAGGAGGAGCAUUGGUGGAUAGGAGUUCUCUCUCUGUCAGUAGGAGGAGCAUUGGUGGAUAGGAAUUCUCUCUCUGUCAGUAGGAGGAGAUUUGGUGGAUAGGAGUUAUCUCUCUGUCAGUAGGAGGAGCAUUGGUGGAUAGGAGUUCUCUCUCUGUCAGUAGGAGGAGCAUUGGUGGAUAGGAGUUCUCUCUCUGUCAGUAGGAGGAUCAUUGGUGGAUAGGAGUUCUCUCUCUGUCAGUAGGAGGAGCAUUGGUGGAUAGGAGUUCUCUCUCUGUCAGUAGGAGGAGCAUUGGUGGAUAGGAGUUCUCUCUCUGUCAGUAGGAGGAGCAUUGGUGGGUAGGAGUUCUCUCUCUGUCAGUAGGAGGAGCAUUGGUGGGUUAAGUAGUUGGUGAUGUAGACUAGAUGAAAGACGUUAGACAAAGCUGGGGAGGGAGGGAGGGAGGGAGAGGGAGAGGGAGGGAGGGAGGGAGGGAGGGAGGGAGGGAGGGAGGGAGGGAGGGAGGGAGGGAGGGAGAGAGAGAGAGAGAGAGAGACGCCCUAAUUGACAUUCAAAUAAACCAAAACAAAGUGGUGUAAAGACUCAUAACACUCAGGGCAGUGUAAAGACUCAUAACACUCAGGGCGGCGUAAAGACUCAUAACACUCAGGGCAGUGUAAAGACUCAUAACACUCAGGGCGGUGUAAAGACUCAUAACACUCAGGGCAGCGUAAAGACUCAUAACACUCAGGGCGGUGUAAAGACUCAUAACACUCAGGGCGGCGUAAAGACUCAUAACACUCAGGGCGGCGUAAAGACUCAUAACACUCAGGGCGGUGUAAAGACUCAUAACAUUCAGGGCGGUGUAAAGACUCAUAACACUCAGGGCGGCGUAAAGACUCAUAACACUCAGGGCGGUGUAAAGACUCAUAACACUCAGGGCGGUGUAAAGACUCAUAACAGGGCUGUCAUUUACUCAACUCAUUUAGCCCCAGGGGCCGCAUUCGGUCUUCAACGAGGUCCGGAGGGCCGCACUGAACAUGUCUUAUAUUUCCUCGCCGUCUAAAAGAUAAAAUAAUAAUUAACUGACAUAUAGUAGAUCUAUGUAUUAACCGGCCUAUAGUAGAUCUAUGUAUUAACAGACCUAUAGUAGAUCUAUGUAUUAACAGGCCUAUAGUAGAUCUAUGUAUUAACAGGCCUAUAGUAGAUCUAUGUAUUAACAGACCUAUAGUAGAUCUAUGUAUUAACAGGCCUAUAGUAGAUCUAUGUAUUAACAGACCUAUAGUAGAUCUAUGUAUUAACAGACCUAUAGUAGAUAUAUGUAUUAACAGACCUAUAGUAGAUCUAUGUAUUAACAGGCCUAUAGUAGAUCUAUGUAUUAACAGGCCUAUAGUAGAUCUAUGUAUUAACUGACCUAUAGUAGAUCUAUGUAUUAACAGACCUAUAGUAGAUAUAUGUAUUAACAGACCUAUAGUAGAUAUAUGUAUUAACUGACCUAUAGUAGAUCUAUGUAUUAACAGGCCUAUAGUAGAUCUAUGUAUUAACAGGCCUAUAGUAGAUCUAUGUAUUAACAGGCCUAUAGUAGAUAUAUGUAUUAACUGACCUAUAGUAGAUCUAUGUAUUAACAGGCCUAUAGUAGAUAUAUGUAUUAACAGGCCUAUAGUAGAUCUAUGUAUUAACAGGCCUAUAGUAGAUCUAUGUAUUAACAGGCCUAUAGUAGAUCUAUGUAUUAACAGGUCUAUAGUAGAUCUAUGUAUUAACAGGCCUAAAGUAGAUCUAUGUAUUAACAGGCCUAUAGUAGAUCUAUGUAUUAACAGACCUAUAGUAGAUCUAUGUAUUAACAGACCUAUAGUAGAUCUAUGUAUUAACAGGCCUAUAGUAGAUCUAUGUAUUAACAGGCCUAUAGUAGAUCUAUGUAUUAACAGACCUAUAGACAUUUACAUUUACAUUUUAGUCAUUUAGCAGACGCUCUUAACCAGAGCGACUUACAGGAGCAAUUAGGGUUAAGUGCCUUGCUCAAGGGCACAUUAACGUCAUUUAGCAGACGCUCUUAGCCAGAGCGACUCACAAAUUGGUGCGUUCACCCUAUAGCCAGUGGGAUAACCACUUUACAAUUUGGGGGGGGGGGGGGGGGUUAGAAGGAAUACUUUAUCCUAUCCCAGGUAUUCCUUAAAGAGGUGGGGUUUCAAAUGUCUCCGGAAGGUGGUGAGUGACUCCGCUGUCCUGGCGUCGUGAGGGAGCUUGUUCCACCAUUGGGGUGCCAGAGCAGCGAACAGUUUUGACUGGGCUGAGCGGGAGCUGUGCUUCCGCAGAGGAAGGGGAGCCAGCAGGCCAGAGGUGGAUGAACGCAAUGUCCUCGUUUGGGUGUAGGGACUGAUCAGAGCCUGAAGGUACAGAGGUGCCGUUCCCCUCACUGCUCCAUAGGCAAGCACCAUGGUCUUGUAGCGGAUGCGAGCUUCAACUGGAAGCCAGUGGAGUGUGCGGAGGAGGGGGGUGACGUGAGAGAACUUGGGAAGGUUGAACACCAGACGGGCUGCGGCAUUCUGGAUGAGUUGUAGGGGUUUAAUGGCACAGGCAGGGAGCCCAGCCAACAGCGAGUUGCAGUAAUCCAGACGGGAGAUGACAAGUGCAGUAUAGUAGAUCUAUGUAUUAACAGACCUAUAGUAGAUCUAUGUAUUAACAGACCUAUAGUAGAUCUAUGUAUUAACUGACCUAUAGUAGAUCUAUGUAUUAACAGACCUAUAGUAGAUCUAUGUAUUAACAGGCCUAUAGUAGAUCUAUGUAUUAACAGGCCUAUAGUAGAUAUAUGUAUUAACAGGCCUAUAGUAGAUCUAUGUAUUAACAGACCUAUAGUAGAUCUAUGUAUUAACAGACCUAUAGUAGAUCUAUGUAUUAACUGGCCUAUAGUAUAUCUAUGUAUUAACAGACCUAUAGUAGAUCUAUGUAUUAACAGGCCUAUAGUAGAUCUAUGUAUUAACAGGCCUAUAGUAGAUCUAUGUAUUAACAGACCUAUAGUAGAUCUAUGUAUUAACUGACCUAUAGUAGAUCUAUGUAUUAACUGGCCUAUAGUAGAUCUAUGUAUUAACUGACCUAUAGUAGAUCUAUGUAUUAACUGGCCUAUAGUAGAUCUAUGUAUUAACAGACCUAUAGUAGAUCUAUGUAUUAACUGACCUAUAGUAGAUCUAUGUAUUAACUGACCUAUAGUAGAUCUAUGUAUUAACUGGCCUAUAGUAGAUAUAUGUAUUAACAGACCUAUAGUAGAUCUAUGUAUUAACAGGCCUAUAGUAGAUCUAUGUAUUAACAGACCUAUAGUAGAUCUAUGUAUUAACAGACCUAUAGUAGAUCUAUGUAUUAACAGGCCUAUAGUAGAUCUAUGUAUUAACAGGCCUAUAGUAGAUCUAUGUAUUAACAGGCCUAUAGUAGAUAUAUGUAUUAACUGACCUAUAGUAGAUCUAUGUAUUAACAGGCCUAUAGUAGAUCUAUGUAUUAACAGACCUAUAGUAGAUCUAUGUAUUAACUGGCCUAUAGUAGAUCUAUGUAUUAACAGGCCUAUAGUAGAUCUAUGUAUUAACAGGCCUAUAGUAGAUCUAUGUAUUAACAGGCCUAUAGUAGAUCUAUGUAUUAACAGACCUAUAGUAGAUCUAUGUAUUAACUGGCCUAUAGUAGAUCUAUGUAUUAACAGGCCUAUAGUAGAUCUAUGUAUUAACAGGCCUAUAGUAGAUCUAUGUAUUAACAGGCCUAUAGUAGAUCUAUGUAUUAACUGGCCUAUAGUAGAUCUAUGUAUUAACAGACCUAUAGUAGAUCUAUGUAUUAACAUACCUAUAAUAAGUCCAUGUACAGUGCAUUCGGAAAGUAUUCAGACCCCUUCCCUUUUUCCACAUUGUGUUACGUUACAGCCUUAUUCUAAAAUUGAUUAAAUAAAAGGUGUUCCUCAUCAAUCUACACACAAUAUCCAUAAUGACAAAGCGAAAACAGGUUUAUUGAAAUACCUUAUGUACAUAAGUAUUCAGACCCUUUGCUAUGAGACUCGAAAUUGAGCUCAGGUGCAUCCUGUUUCCAUUGAUCAUCCUUGAGAUGUUUCAAUUCAAUUGAUUGGACAUGAUUUGGAAAGGCACACACCUGUCUAUAUAAGGUCCCACAGUUGACAGUGCAUGUCAGAGCAAAAACCAAGCCGUGAGGUUGAAGGAAUUGUCCGUAGAGCUCAGAGACAGGAUUCUGGCGAGGCACAGAUCUGGGGAAGGGUACCAAAACAUUUCUGCAGCAUUGAAGGUCCCCAAGAACACAGUGGCCUGCAUCAUUCUUAAAUGGAAGAAGUUUGGAACCACCAAGACUCUUCCUAGAGCUGGCCGCCCGGCCAAACUGAGCAAUCGAGGGAGAAUUGCCUUGGUCAGGGAGGUGACCAAGAACCCAAUGGUCACUCUGACAGAGCUCCAGAGUUCCUCUGUGGAGAUGGGAGAACCUUCCUUAAGGACAACCACCUCUGCAGCACCCCACCAAUCAGGCCUUUAUGGUAGAGUGGCCAGACGGAAGCCACUCCUCAGUAAAAGGCACAUGACAGCCCGCUUGGAGUUUGCCAAAAGGCACCUAAAGGACUCUCAGACCAUGAGAAACAAGAUGCUCUGGUCUGAUGAACCAAGCUUGAACUCUUUGGCUUGAAUGCCAAGAGUCAUUUCUGGAGGAAACCUGGCACCAUCCCCAUGGUGAAGCAUGGUGGUUGCAGCAUCAUGCUGUGGGGAUGUUUUUUCAGCAGCAGGGACUGGGAGACUAGUUAGGAUCAAGGGAAAGAUGAACAGAACAAAGUACAGAGAGAUCCUUGAUGAAAACCUGCUCCAGAGCUCUCAGGACCUCAGACUGGGGUGAAGGUUCACCUUCCAACAGAACAACGACCUUAAGCACACAGCCAAGACAAUGCAGGAGUGGCUUCGGGGACAAGUCUCAGAAUGUCCUUGAGUGGCCCAGCCAGAGCCCAGACUUGAACCUGAUCGAACAUCUCUGGAGAGACCUGAAAAUAGCUGUGCAGCGACGCUCCCCAUCCAACCUGACAGAGCUUGAGAGGAUCUGCAGAGAAGAAUUGGAGAAACUCCCCAAAUACAGGUGUGCCAAGCUUGUAGCGUCAUACCCAAGAAGACUGGAUGCUGUAAUCGCUGCCAAAGGUGCUUCAACAAAGUACUGAGUAAAGGCUCUGAAUACUUAUGUAAAUAGAAUAUUUCAGUUUAAAUUUUUUCAAAAAUGUCUAGAAACCUGUUUUUGCCUUGUCAUUAUGGGGUAUUGUGUGUA